CGUGUGCUGUGCCGCGAAUUUUGAAAUUUGAAGGCUUUGCUUCUUGCUUGCUUGUGAGACUUGGUUCGACCAUGGACUCGGGGAACGUGAGGGUUGCGGUGCGUGUGAGGUGCGUGCUGGAGCAUGAGCAGGACGAGGAACUCUGUCUGACACAAGCAGACAAGGCCAUCCAACUCUACAACUGGAAAUCCCCAACAGACACUCUCAAGUUCAGAUUUGAUGCGUGCUACAAUGAGGAGGCGAGCCAAAAGGAAAUCUUCAUGGGCGAGGUGAAACCUUUGCUGGAUCUCCCACUCAAAGGAUUCAACGCCACUUGUUUCGCUUACGGGCCAACUGGCGCUGGCAAGACCUUCACCAUGCAGGGAACCAAGCAACACCCAGGUAUCAUUCCGCGAAGCAUCAAGCACAUGUUCCAGCUCGUGAACAGGAGAACAAAGGACACACAGCAGUUUACCGUGUCCAUGUCUUUCCUCGAGAUUUACCAAGAAAAGGUGUACGACUUGCUGGAACCGAAAGAUCACGACCUCACUAUUCUACAAGAUGCAUCGGGUUCCAUUGUCGUGCCAGACUUGGCCGAGGUCCCAAUUCAAAGCGUCAAGGACUUCGAGGCGACAUACAACAGCGGUCUGGAGCAGCGUGCAACGCACAGCACAGCACUCAACGCCCACUCAAGCCGAAGCCACGCUGUGCUCACCAUCAAGGUGCAGUCGCGCGCAUGCAAGAACGGCGAGUGGAACGCACGCGUGGGCAAAUUGCACUUGAUUGACCUUGCUGGCUCUGAGGACAACCGCAAGACGGGAAACGUUGGUGACCGCAUGAAGGAGAGCACAGCGAUUAACAAGUCACUGUUUGCCCUGAACCAAGUGGUGGACGCCAUCAACAGAAAGCAGGCGCGAAUUCCAUACAGGGAAAGCAAACUCACCCGUUUCCUCCAGGAGGCGCUUGGCGGAAACAGCGUUGCAAAGAUCCUGACAUGCCUCGGCCCCACCAAGAACAUGUACUUCAACACGUACCACGCGCUCAACUUUGCGUCCAAGUCGCGGCAGGUUGUCAACAAACCAUUUGAGGCGAGGACAACGCGCGUAAACGCGGCAGGCAAGGCGCAGCCAACACCGGCAGCAUCGACAUCAUCAGGGCCCAUUGUGCGGCCGUCGCGCGCGAAUGCGGGCGGGAAGAGGAGCGCAGCAGCCGCUGACGGCAGCGAAGACAACACCAGCAAGCGCGCAAACAGGAGACCGGCAGGUCCUUCAUCGUCAGCAUCGUCAAGAGCGCCACACGCGAGCAGUCUCCGCCGGGAAAUUCAAACAGAGGGGAGCCGAAGGCCCACCAAACAGGCAGCGACAGCAACAGCAGGCAAAGGCAAGGACGGGUCGCUCACACAGCGGCUGGAGCAUCGUGUGCAACAGCUUGAGAAGUACAUGACAGAUGUCAUGUUGGCACAAAUGAACGGGCAGCAACAACAGCAACAGCAGCAACAAGACGCAGCUGAUACAGCAACGGAGUCAGAGACGACGACCAGCGCAGUGCAGAAAGCAACCUUCUCCAGCAGCAUGACGGAGGAACAGCGUGUGCAUGUCGCCAAGUCCAUCAUCAAAGUUGCCAAGGCGUUCAAAAGUUCUGGAGAUCUCCCUUCAGCCCUGCGCCACUACGAAGAGGCGCUUGAACUGCUGCCCAAGCACGAGGGGCUGCGUGCGAAAGUGGAGGCGCUUCGCAAGAAAGUUGCCAACCGGGCCGGCAAGACCAAUGCAGGCGAAGGGAAGAACGAAUCAGACACGGCUAAGGCCGACAAGAACAGAAUCCCAGCGGACCACAUCGACAGCACCACUAGCAACAGCACAACUGCCACUGCUGCCACCACCACCAGUAGCAAGCAGAGCAAGAAGGGCGGCACAGUCACAGAAAAGACCACAAAUCUGCUCCAGCAGAGCCGCCAGCGAAUGGCAAUGUUGGGCGGAUCAACGUUUCGUGCCAGGGCAGCAGACAAGGGCAAGAUGAAAGACACGCUUGGGCGAAAGAAGCUUGAGGUGUUUGAUGAGUUUGCAACGCCCGUUCGUGGUCUUGGGGGUAGACCGGCAACACAUGCACAGGGUCACCCUGCUGCUGCCGCUGCUGCGAGGAAACCGCUUGCAAAGCGCAAGCCUCUUUGCCCGAUUCAACACCCACCCAAGAAGGGGCAUCAGGACAACUUGAAUGAUUCAACGCAAGAGGACCCCACUUGGAGCCCCGAGAAUGAAGAGGAGGAUGCUAUGAAUGACGGCAUGCUGAAAUAUUUUGAGCCACGUGACAGUGUCCGUCGCAAGCGACCCAAAGUCGCGCAUGUACCACCAACCCUCAUGGCGACGCUCAACGAAGCAAACGCGAAAGAGCUAAUGGAGUUGAACGGCAUUGGCAAGAAGCGAGCACAGGCCAUCCUCGCCCACAGACAACUCCGUGGCAACUUUGAAUCUGUGGCAGACCUGCACGAAUGUGGUUUGACUGAUGGCAUCUUGUCACGCCUUGUCAUGACACAUGUUGUCGUGUGAGGUGAGGGGAAACAGGUUCCCAUGCAUGCGAGGAAGUGGGGCUGACUAUACCUCCAUGCUGUACCAGCAAUGACAACAGCAAGCAUUCAAUCAUACACGGAAUUGCACCAGCUCGAACCACAGAAAGUUCGAAUUGACCAAGCCAUGUACACGACCGAGCAGGCUGACACUCGUCCUCUUCAUCAUCGCAUGCAUCCACACGUGCGUACAUGCGCACUGCCUUUCUUUCACAUUUCGACAUUCGCUUGUGACAUUGUGUUUGCUCGCCGUAUUGUGUUUACAUGUGUGCGUUUGUGCUGUUUGUUCCAUUGUUCGUUCAUUUUCACUUCAUAGCCGUCGCUCCCAUCACGCCUUCAACAACCUUGCACACAAGACUCCAGCCCGCAGUAAAAGAGAGAUGUUAACCAUACGUGCUGAACAACAUAAC